AUGGGUACUAAUAAUUGUAUUGGUAAUAUUCCUUUACCUAAUGACUUUAGUUUCCCUUAUCAACCAUAUUCUAUACAAAAUGAUCUUAUGAAAAAUAUAUUUGAAUGUUGUGAAAAAGGUGAAGUAGGUAUUUUAGAAUCACCAACUGGAACGGGUAAAUCUUUAUCAACAUUAUGUUCUGUUUUAACUUGGUUGAGAUUAAAAAAAUUACAAAUUGAUAAUGAUGGAAAUGAAUUAGAGAAAAGAAUUAAAAUGUUAGAAGAUGCAGCUAAAGGUAAUCCAAAUUGGAUUGAAAUAAUGAAAGAAAGGCAUAACUUAAUGAAAGCAAGUGAAAUUGCUUUAGAAAAACAAGAAAAAAUGCGUAAAGUUAAUGAAAUUUUAAAGAAAGCUAAAGAAAACAGGUGGUCUAAAAGUCAGUUUAAAGAAAAAGAUAAUAUAAAACAAGGGAAAAGAAAGUUACGACAAAACAUUGAGAUAAAGGAUGAGGAUAUAUCUGAUGAUGAAUUUGCCCCAAAAGAAGAUGAAAUCAAUUUUUUAAAUGAAAAAGAUUUUGUUAUACAAAAUGACGAACCAACAAGAACUAUUCAAAUAAUUUACGCUUCAAGAACACAUUCUCAAUUACUACAAUUGUUAGAAGAAUUAGCUAAAACAAAAUUUGAGCCUAAUGUUGCGUUACUUCGUUCAAGAGCUAUGUUAUGUGUAAAUGAAGAUGUUGCUUCAUUAGGUAAUAUUUCACUUAUAAAUGAAAAAUGUAAUGAAUUAAUGAAUAACAAACAAAGUAUUCCAAAAAAAUAUAAAAAUUCAGAUGGAGAAUCAGUUGAAUUAGGAUCAUCAAAAUGUAGAUGUCCAUAUUCAUCUCAAAAAGCUAUUGAGGAUUUGGCUGAUCAAAUACUAAAUAGGGAAGGAUUAGAUCCUGAAACACUACUUACAUUUGGUAAAAAAAAUUAUGCUUGCCCUUAUUUUGCCACAAGAAAAGCUAUUAGACUGUGUGAUUUAGUUUUAACACCAUAUAAUAUAUUGUUAAAUCAAAGAUCUCGUGAAGCCUGGGAUUUGUCGUUAAAGGAUAAUAUAAUAAUUGUUGAUGAAGCACAUAAUUUACUAGAAACAAUUUCAUACAUUUAUUCAACUGAAAUUGAUCAAAAAUCAUUAUCAUCAUUUAUUUCUCUUUUACGUAGUUAUUAUAAUUGUUAUGAAAAACGUUUUAAUUUAAAAACAAAACAACAGUUUCGUGUUUUUCAAAAAAUUAUAAAUAACAUGUACAAUAUAUUAAAUAAUAUAGAAUCUGAUACAAAUACUAUGACAACUACCAAAUUUUUGUAUAACUCUGAAGCACUUGAUUUAAAUUUAUUUAAAAUUAUGACUUCAUUUGACAAUCUACAACUUUGGAGAAAAUUACAUGGUUUUUUUUUAACAAAUAAAUCAAAAAAUAUAAAUAUAGAAAAUAAAGAAGAAAGUGAAAAUAAAAUAACUCAAAAUUUAUCAUCUCCUGUAUAUAUUAUAAAAACAUUUUUAGAAUCAUUUUUAGAAAGUCAUGAUGAUAGUUUAAUAGCUCUGGAAAAUACAGAUAAAGAUACAAAAAAAGUAAAAUUUUUUUUAUUAAAUCCUGCAGAAAAACUUAAACAGAUAGUAAAAGAAGCAAAAGCAUUAAUUUUAAUUGGAGGAACAAUGAAACCAAUUGAACAAUUAUUGGAUGCUUUUGAAAGAGUAUGUUUGAUUCCAAAAGAAUCUAUAAAAACAUUUAGUUGUGGUCAUGUUGUAGAUAAAAGUCAACUUAUUGCAAUGGUUUCUGAUGUCUCACCCGAUGGGACACCUUUACAUUUUAUAUAUGAAGAAAGAAAUAAUACUUUAAUGUUUAAAGGUUUAAUUAAAAGUAUUAUUGAAAUAGCAUCUGUCAUACCUAAUGGUAUUGUUGCUUUUUUUCCUAGUUAUUCUUAUAUAGAAAUAUUUAAAAAUAUAUUAAAAAAUGAUCAUAAAUUAUUUGAAACAUUGUCAAGUAUAAAAGAUAUUUUUUAUGAGUCAAAAUUAAAUGGAUCAUCAAUAUGGAAUAAUUAUACUACAAAAGCAUUAACUAAAAAAGGUGCAAUUUUAUUUGGUGUAAUUGGUGGUAAAUUAAGUGAAGGAAUAAAUUUUUCUGAUAAACUUGGACGUGGUGUCAUAAUGAUUGGUUUACCAUUUCCAAAUAAAAAUUCAAUUGAAAUUUUAGCAAAAAUGGAUUACCUUAAAAAAAAUGUAUCAUCUUCUGCUGCUUCUACAUUUUAUAAUUCAUUGUGUAUGCAUGCUGUUAAUCAAGGUAUUGGUAGAGCGAUCAGACAUAGUAAUGAUUAUUCAACAAUUAUAUUUCUUGAUAAACGUUACCAAAAUGAAAAUAUUCAACGACAACUCCCUAAUUGGAUUGUUGAUAAAAUUAUUAAAUGUAGAAACUUUAAAGAUGUUAGUGAAAAUUGUAAAAAAUUUUUUGAAAACAAGAUUUAA